ACUGUACGGUGAAGUGAUGGACGCAUAUAACAAACGCAGCCGCAAACUAACAAAUCUGGAACAAAACAAUCUGCGUUUUACGGAAAGCAUCCAGCCGGAGGAUAUCCGGUAAGUUCCUGGAAUUCUCUCCGAUUAGCGCUUACGUUUCGAAGAAAUUUCUUCUGUUUUCGUCGUACUUGGACCGUGCCGAAGGCAUCGUUUAGCUUGUCUUAUAUGAAUUUCGGUUGGCAUACAUCGUAGAGUUUAGCAAGCUGCCCUUUAAAAGCUGCAUAGUAUUAUCCUUUUGGAUAGGUGGGCUCACCACCUCGACGGCGUGGGUUCGAAUCCCAACCGAGACCGGACCCUCCCCUGUACGAGAGGACUGACUAUCCACGUACAACAGGAAAACAAGUCUCGUAAGCCCUUAACGGGCAGGCAUGACCAAAGAGGUCGUUACGCCAAGAAGAAGAAGUAUUAUCCUUUUACGUACUAAACCGGAUGCGGUUUGAACGUUUCGCUCCAGCAAAUCACGUACUCGGUUGAACAGCAGAUGGACGUGCGAUAGUUUACCCAACGCAGGCAUAUCGCACCAGCGUGCCGUUUGACAAAGAAUAUUUUACCUGAUUUACUGUACAAAAGAUUAAGCGUUGUGAUCGCAGCUAAAACAUGUCUUCCAAUCAGCGAUCGACGCUGGAAGAAGGUCCAGAAGAAAAAACCGAGCACGAAUAUGAGGCACAUCUGUCUGAGGACAAUGAAUACGACAGUGGGGAAGAUACGGAAGAGGCUAGCGAGACGGAGUUAGGAUCGUCGAUGAACCAGCGCACGAUGGACGAACGAAUGGAGAUAAAAGAGCAGAUGUACCAGGACAAACUAGCCAACUUGAUGCAUCAGAUGGACCUGUUGAAGAUGGGAAAGCACCCCGAUUACCUGCGCCGCGUCGAGGCACUAACGGUGGAACUAGAAGACCGUUUGAUGCUCAACGAAUUGCACCGAGACUACAUGCUCCAGUGCGCCGAACGAGAUUGUGCGAAUGAAAUUACGGCAGCCGAAAAGGAGUUUGAGGAAAAGGCAGCGGAGCUUAAGGAGACGUUGAUUGCCGACUGGGAGGAUCGGAAGAAGAUGGUCGAGCAAGAGCAUGCCACGAUGGAAUUGAGUGGCGACUCGAUCGAUGUUAAGCCAACCGUCACACGAAAAUUGCGUCGUCGUCCGAACGAGCCGCUUCCGGUGCCAGAGAAGCGGCGCAAACCGUCCACCAGCCAGCUCGUUUUUUUGCUGGACGAAAAAGAGAUCGAACAUGAUCUAAAGCUCGUACUUCGUGGCAAACCUUCCCAUUCCGGGCGUUCGCAGCAGCACGGUAUAAACGGAGGUGCUUCGACCAGUAGCGGAGCAGGUCCAAGUGGAAUUAAUCCUUCCACGUCGGCGCACAGCUCGAGUGGAAACUCUGGCGGUUCGGGUUAUGCUAGUGGUCAACCGUGUUCCGAUCAGAACGGAGCUUCAACAUCAGAUGUGUACGCAAGCGGAUCUCAAACAUCGCCUUCAUCCUUGCAGCAGCAGCAGCAACCUUUGAGUGAGACACGCAUCGAGGAUGGUAAGCUGUGGUAUGAACGCCGUUGGUUUCACCGUGGUCAACCAGUAUAUGUCGAAGGAAAAGACAUUUCUCGAUUCUCGGGGAAUAUAUCAGCGAUUGGCGUCGAUGGCAUUUGCGUGAAGAAAACAUCAGACGGCCAAAAGGUGCGCAUCUUUCUUUCUCACCUACGCCGAGGAAAAGUUUCCAUCAAGCGACGUGCCAACUAAUUUAACGUGCAGCAUAGCGUAGCUCUUGUCAGCAUAUUAUUCUCAACUCUAUCGAGCAUUUUAGUUAACACUUUAACGGCCGGACAAUUUACGGUGUCGCAACGCUUUGCGACUGGAGCGUUUGCACUAGUUCCUCCGUAUCUGGCCGACCUGUUCGAUUCUUUUCAAUCUUUAUUAGUAUUUACAUACGAACAGCAACGCGCCCUGUGAAAUUUGUUUACUUUCCAUUUGAUAUUUGCUUAUAUCCAGUGGUCUGUGGUGCGUGUCGGGAGACAGCGUUGACAGCACACCAAAAUGAUGUGAUCGGAUGUAAACUGAAACGGAGCCAUUACAUCUAUAGAUGUACCCGGCCGUCAGAGUGUUAAUAAAUUUCCUUAUUUCCAAUUCUA